AAGAAUCACAUGCCAUAGAUCUGUCUCACAUUGCAUUCACAUUCGGUCAUUCCAUCCAGCGUGUAUGUUCCAACAGUUUCCACCCAGAAACAAGGCCUUCAUUGCCAAGUUCUCUGCCAUCUCUUUCCUCACUCCUAUGUCCAUUUCUGCUUCAAUAAUUGAAUACUUUAGCCACCACAUGUAAUUUCCCACCACCUUAUUUGGGUUCCACAUACCACAAAGUUCCCUUAAGCAUGUUUCUCCUUGUCCUAUAUAUCCACAUGGGAAUAUUAUUUUCCAUGAAAAAUUAGGCCUUUUUCCAUCAAGAUGAGCUCUUUUCAAUAGCUCUCAUGAUACCCAGAUCUUAAUUUCCAUUUUCUUAUAUACCAAUUAUCUUGACACUUUUAUCUGUGAUUUGAGUCCACUUGCUGGCACUUGGUUACAAAGAGAUCAGGUUUCUGAGUGAAAGAAAGAAUCAACACCCCCCAUGUUGACAUUAGUUCUUGGACUAGCUUCAGCCACUCUGUUAGUGAUUGUUUCAGUCUAUGUGUUCUUUUACAAGAGCAGAAUAUCAAAACAUGAGGUUAAAGACAUUGAAAGUUCAGAACAAAAGGAGGAGGAAGAGGUGGCUCAGAAGGAGGACUUGAUCAUCUUUCAAGGUGGAGAGGACCUUACAAUAUGUGACAUAUUAGAUGCUCCAGGGGAAGUGAUUGGGAAAUCCAACUAUGGCACACUGUAUAAGGCUUUGUUGCAAAGGAGCAACAAGGUGAGGUUGCUGAGGUUUCUGAGACCAGUGUGCACCACAAGGGGCGAAGAAUUGGAUGAAAUGAUUCAGUUUCUUGGAAGGAUAAGGCAUCCUAAUUUGGUUCCUCUUCUGGGUUUCUACACUGGGCCAAGGGGUGAGAAGCUUCUUGUUCAUCCUUUCUAUCGGCAUGGGAAUCUGACUCAGUUCAUAAGAGAUGGAAAUGGAGAGUGUUACAAAUGGUCUAACAUAUGUAAAAUAUCCAUUGGUAUAGCCAAAGGAUUAGAGCAUCUUCACACAUCACAUCAGAAGCCUAUUAUCCAUGGAAACCUCAAAUCUAAAAACAUCCUUUUGGACCGCUCGUGCCAACCGAGCAUCUCAGAUUCUGGUCUACAUCUUCUGUUGAAUCCUACUGCUGGCCAAGAAAUGCUUGAAAGUUCAGCUGCACAGGGUUACAAGGCACCUGAGCUUAUCAAAAUGAAGGAUGCUAGUGAAGAAGGUGACAUAUAUAGCCUUGGUGUGAUCUUGCUGGAAUUGCUUUCAGGGAAGGAACCUAUCAAUGAACAUCCUACUCCUGAUGAGGAUUUCUAUUUGCCAAAUUUCAUGAGAAAUGCUGUACUUGGACACAGAAUUGCUGAUUUGUACCAUCCAGCCAUUCUUCUUAGAAACAGCAGAGAUGAUAAGAUUCCAGUUACAGAAGAAUGUAUUCUCAAAUUUUUCCAACUUGCUAUGGCUUGUUGCUCCCCUUCACCCUCAGUUAGACCUAACAUAAAGCAAGUCCUUAAGAAGCUUGAAGAAAUCUUAUUCUAGAAUCCAUGAGGGCUUUUGUGAAUUUUUUUUGUGUAGUAUUGAUCACUUUGGCAGCAGUGAUACUGCACACUUCAAUUCUUCAAGUUCAUCAUUAACAGUGAUGUGGUUGAAGACAAUAUAACAUUUAUAUAUGAGAAAGUAUAAAAAGAAAAGUAAGUGUUAUGCUUACAAAAUGCGGAAUUGGCUACCAAACAAACACUUUAGGACAGUUGAUGUUAAGGGUUAAAGUCAAAUGAGGAAUUAUAGCUUGAAACUAAAGCUACCUAUUUCUAGACUCCAAAUUAGUGAAAUCACUGACUUCAUUUUUGAGAUUUUUGAACUUAUGUUUGGUAAAACAAUUGAACAUGUGACAUGGACAAUGUCAAAUGAAUUUCUUUGAUGUCACUCAUCCUGUUACUAGUUGCAGAGGGUUUUGGUGCGAGAUUACAAAGAUUCUUUUACUAUCAGAAAUGUGUUGCUGACUUGCUGCCCAAGAAUUUGUAUCUAGCCUUUGAGUUUUGCAGUUGUGGAAAUACUACAGAAUCUGGGAUGAAAUAUGCUCUUUAUGAGAAGUGACCCUAUCAAAUUCCAUGAUAUGGCCUUAGAAUUGAAGCUGCAAAAGUGCAAAGGAAUCUGAAUAAUUAUGUAGGCCAGGAAGUGGGAUCAUUUGGUGGCAGAUUUCAAAAUCUCACCUAGAACAAGUUACAUUGUUUAUUAUGGGUAGGUCUCACACCAAUUCCAUUUCAGCAUGUCCUUUAUUUACUUAAGAUGAUUUUGCAGUGCUUUAUCUUGGGACCAUACUUUUCCUUUUGAUGAAUCUUCAUUUGAUAAAAUAUUAGUUUUCAGUUAUGAACCUUACAGUCUAAGUAACUAAUUAUUAUUUCCUUGAUUCAGAGGAUUCUGAUAUUGUACGUUUAUCAAAUAGAGAAUUAGAUUAU